AUGCGUGGUUUUGUCACCCACAGCUUUGUGACAAGUGCAACCGCCCUGUCUUUCAUUACGUAUGCUCUCGGCAAGUACCCGGAUGUUCAGAAGAAGGUUAGGCAGGAAGUCAAGAAUGUGCUCAACGAGGGUGGGUCGCUGGACUACGAGACAGUCACAAAAAAACUAAAGUACGUCACGCAGGUUAUCGACGAGGCAAUGCGAAUAUGGCCACCCGCUCUCACGUUUACCACGAGGCAGGCAAAGGAAGACUUCGAGUACCAGGGCAUCAAAUACAAGGCCGGGACAAGCAUCAUGUCUCCACCAUUUGUGAUCCACAUGGACGAGAGGUUUUUUCCAGAUCCCACGAAGUUUGACCCUGACAGGUUCAGUGAGGAGAACGAAGGCCGUAUCCCGAAGUUGGCUUUCCAGCCUUUCGGAAUGGGACCCCGAAACUGCGUGGGAACCAGGCUUGCUUAUGUCGAGCUCGCCUACACUGUGGCCAGGAUGACGCAGCAAUUCCGUUGGGAACUCGGCGAAUCACAGAAGAGAGAAAUGCCCAUUGGACAGUACGGCAUGGUAUCGACGCCGGGAAGAGGACCUUGGAUUGUCUUCCACAGACUAUGAACACUGCAACUCGCCAACGACCAUCCCUUUUCUCCGUUGCGUCCAUACGCCGAAAUUAGCUCAGUGGCAGAAGCUACAAGUCAUGUGACUGUGUUACAUGUUACCACGCGGCAUCGGCAGUACUAACAGGACCGAGCCCCAGAUUCGAACCUUACGGGAAAAGACCCGCAAGAGACUGCAGUCAGCGAGGACCAUUACGGACGAGCUCCUUUAUUAUCCUUUUGUUUCAUUUGUGACAAUAAAAUUUUUUCUGCGAC